AUGACGCUCUAUUGAUAAAUAUGGAGAAAUUAAAAAAUGCCUCCUCUGAUUUGUCACUGAAAAUGUUUGAUGAUUUCCUCUCCUCUUUCUAAUAAGGUCAUAGUGAGUGUGAUUGGCGGCUGUGGGGUCUCUCUCUCUCUGUCUCUCUCUCUCUCUCAGGUUCUUCAGUCUCUCUGGGGGAGUGGAGGUGAAGCUUGUUCUGCUGCUGAGUUGAACGGAGUGUGUUCAGGUCAGAGGGAGAUGGACAGCUGUGUGCUUCUCAUUCUUUUGUCCUCCACAGUUACGCUCAUCACAGCUGACAGUGUGAGGUUGGUAAAUGGUGGCAGUCGCUGUGCUGGGAGAGUGGAAGUUCUUCAUAGAGGACAGUGGGGAACAGUCUGUAGUGAUGACUGGGAUAAGAGUGAUGCUGCAGUGGUGUGUAGAGAGCUGGGCUGUGGAGAGGCUGUAGAUGCACUAAGUGGGGCUCACUUUGGACCAGGCUCAGGAACAAUCUGGAUGGAUGAUGUGCGCUGUAGUGGAUUAGAGUCUACACUGAAGAACUGUUCAUCAGCAGGAUGGGGACGAUCAAACUGUGGUCAUCAUGAAGAUGCCGGAGUUAUCUGUUCAGGUCACAGAAAGUCCAGACUUGCUGAUGGUUUCCACCUGUGCUCUGGGAGAGUGGAGGUUCUUCAAGUGAAGACCUGGUUCACAGUGUGUGAUGCUGACUUUGACCGGCAGGAUGCAGAGGUUGUGUGUCGAGAGCUGGGCUGUGGUUCUCCUGUGGAGGUUCUGGGAGCAGAUGCUUUUGGUAGAGGGGAGGGUCAGGUGUGGUCAAAGGAGCUUCAGUGUAGAGGAAACGAAUCUGAAAUUACUCUCUGUCCAAUUUCAUCUUCACUUAAAAACUCAAAUUGCUCCCAAAACAGCAGUAGAGGACUCAAAUGUUCUGGUUCACAGCUAGUGAACGGCCCAGACUCCUGUUCUGGGCGAGUGGAGCUCCAGUACCUCAGUGAGUGGGGUACAGUGUGUGAUGUAAGCUGGGAUAUGAGAGCUGCCAGUGUCCUCUGUGCUCAGCUGAAGUGUGGGAGUGCUGUGGCUGUGUUGGGGUCAGACUGGUUUGGGGAGGGGAGUGGCCGGAUCUGGGCUGAUGUGUUUGAUUGUCAGGGGAACGAAACACACCUGUCAAAAUGUCCCAUUACAUCAUGGAGUCGAACUGCAUGCUCUCAUAAACAGGAUGCUGGAGUUAUCUGCAGUGAUUCUUCUCUGGCGUCUCAUGAGGGUGGAGUGAGGUUGUCUGGAGGGAUGGAGUGUGAGGGGGGGGUGGAGGUGUUCUUCAGGCAGGACUGGAGGAGAGUUCUGCUGGACUCCUGGAGUGAGUCUGAGGUCUCUGUGGUCUGCAGACAGCUGGGCUGUGGUUCUGUACUCAAUAUCUCCAACUCCUCUUCAUCCAGUCCUGAACACAGCUACAUGUGUGUGAAGGGUUUCAACUGCUCUGGGAGUGAAGCUCAUCUGAGGAACUGCAGCAGCUCACAAGAAGUUAACUGCAGCUCCACAGAACAGCUCUACAUCACCUGCUCUGCCAUCAGGCUGGUUGGUUCUGGGGGAGACUGUGCAGGAAGGCUGGAGGUUUUCCACAGUGGAUCAUGGGGGACAGUGAGUGAUGAAUUGUGGGGUAUUGAGGAUGCGCAGGUGGUCUGCAGACAGCUGCAGUGUGGAGUGGCCCUCAGUGAUCCAGUACCAGUACCAGCCCGGUUUGGAUCUGGAACUGGACCCAUAUGGCUGAAUGAGGUGGAGUGUGAGGGGAACGAGGCGUCUCUAAUGAACUGCAGUUAUCAGCUGUGUGGAGAGGAUGAAUGUGGACACAAGGAUGAUGUAGGAGUCGUGUGCUCAGAGUAUAAAGAGAUCAGACUGACUGAGGGCUGUGAGGGGAAUCUGGAGGUGUUCUAUAAUGGAACAUGGGGGAAUGUGUGUGAAAAUGGGAUGAAUGAAGAAACAGUUAGUUUAGUCUGUCAGGAGCUGAACUGUGGAAGAACUGGAAGUGAGAGCUGGGCCAAAGCAAGAGUGGAAUCAGCUCCUAACUGGUUGGAUAAUGUGAAAUGUAGGAAACAUGACUCCACUCUUUUUCACUGUCCUUCUUCUUCCUGGGGACAGAACACAUGUAAUAGUAACAAUGAGGUGGCUCAGAUUACAUGCUCAGAAGAUGGAAAUCCACAAAAUACUCAUCGAGCAUGCUUUCUAUCUCCAGACCAGAAAAAAUGCUCAAAUCACCUGCCUCUCAAACUGAGGGGAGGAGAGGGAAGCUGUUCUGGAUGGCUGGAGGUGUAUCAUAAUGCUGAGUGGGGGUCUGUAUGUGGUGAUCUGUGGGACAUCAGGGAUGCUCAGGUGGUCUGCAGGCAGCUGGGUUGUGGGCCGGCGCUGAGUGCUAAUAGAAGUGCUGCUGUUGGUUCUGGUGGAGGAACUAUCUGGAUGAACAGAGUGAAGUGUAAAGGGAAUGAGAUUCACCUGUGGGACUGUCCUCAUUCCCUGAAGAUCCACACUGACUGCUCCCACAGCGCUGGAGUCACCUGUGCAGACAGACCCGUACCUACAACUACAACACCCAUAACAACAACCACGACCUCCACCACCACAGUUGUUCAGACAGUGAAGAGAACAGACCCUCCUCCACAAACUCCUCCACCAGCUGUUCCCUACAUCUAUCCAGUGUCUCUUCUGGUUCUGGGAUCUGUGCUCUUCCUGGCCUUAGUGCUUCUGGUUGUGCUGUUUUAUCAGAACAGAGUGCUCAGGAGAGUGAACUCUAAGAGGAGGAGGAGGAAGACUCUGCCUGAGGACAUCUAUGAGGAGAUCGACCCGAGAUACGUCACCACCAGAAAUUAUUCAACUCAGAGGAAAAGGAUACUCUCUGAAGAUCAACAAUCAGGAUAUGAGGAUGUGGAUGAGGAGCUUUUCUCAGGAAGCAUCCUCUCUGAAGAUCAGCAUUCAGGAUAUGAGGAUGUGGAUGAGGAGCUUCUCUCAGAAAAGUCUUUGAUUGGAGUAAAGACAGAAUAUUAUGAUGAUGUCAUCACCACUGAUCUGAUAAGUGAAGCAGAAAAGGAGGACACAGCAGAGAGCUAUGAUGAUGUCAUCACAGGUGAUCUAAAGAGUGAUGCAGAAAAAGAGGAGUUAGCAGAGAGCUAUGAUGAUGUUAUCACUGCUGAGCAGAUCCCUGAUAGUGAAGCAGAUGAUGCUGCAGAGAAUUAUGAUGAUGUCCUCAGUGUUGAUCAGAAGUCAGCUGAUGUAACAGAAGACGUGUCAGAUAACUAUGAUGAUGCUGUUCCCACUGAACCAAACUCCACCAUUAUGACCAGGGAAACACCAGUGGACUAUGAUGAUGUCAUUACUGCUGAACAGGACGUGGGAGGAGUUAAAGAUUAUGAAGAUGUGAAGGAGGAGCCUCAGACAGAGAUGAAUCAUGUGACUGAGAGACCACACCCACUGUCCUUCCUCAGGAAAUUACAUUCAAACCUCUUCAGACACAACAAAGCUAAGCUUUAUUUCAAACAACUCUACCAAUGUGUUUCUCUAUAUCUGCUCUUCUGCUGUACACAGUUUAAAUAUAAUUCAAAUACACACACAGGUCAGCCUUCUAGACUUGCUGAUGGUUUCCACCUGUGCUCUGGAAGAGUCGAGGUGUAUGUGAAGACUUGGGAAACAGUUUGUGAUGCUGACUUUGACCAGGAAGAUGCAAAAGUUUUGUGUCGAGAGCUGGGCUGUGGUUCUCCUGUGGAGGUUCUGGGAGCAGCUGCUUUUGGUAGAGGGGAGGGUCAUGUGUGGUCAGAGGAGCUUCAGUGUAGAGGAAACGAAUCUCAGAUUCACUUCUGCCCAAAAUCACCUUCACUCAAACGCAACUGCUCCCAUGAUAAUGAUGUGGGACUGGUCUGUUCUGGUCACACUCAGGCUUGGCUGAUGAACGGCUCAGACUCCUGUUCUGGUCGAGUGGAGCUCCAGUACCUCAGUGAGUGGGGUACAGUGUGUGAUGUAAGCUGGGAUAUGAGAGCUGCCAGUGUCCUCUGUGCUCAGCUGAAGUGUGGGAGUGCUGUGGCUGUGUUGGGGUCAGACUGGUUUGGGGAGGGGAGUGGCCGGAUCUGGGCUGAUGUGUUUGAUUGUCAGGGGAAUGAAACACACCUGUCAAAAUGUCCCAUUUCAUCAUGGAGUCGAACUGCAUGCGCUCAUAUACAGGACGUUGGACUUAUCUGCAGUGGUUCUUCUCUGGCGUCUCAUGAGGGUGCAGUGAGAUUGUCUGGGGGGAUGGAGUGUGAGGGGGAGGUGGAGGUGUUCUUCAGGCAGGACUGGAGGAGAGUUCUGCUGGACUCCUGGAGUCAGUCUGAGUCCUCUGUGGUCUGCAGACAGCUGGGCUGUGGUUCUGUACUCAACAUCUCCAGCUCCUCUUCAUCCAGUCCUGAACACAGCUACAUGAAUGUGACAGGUUUCAACUUCUCUGGGAGUGAAGCUCAUCUGAGGAACUGCAGCAGCUCACAAGCAGUUAACUGCAGCUCCACAGAACAGCUCUACAUCACCUGCUCUGGUAAGUUUAACCGGGUCCACAGCUCCAUCAGGCUGGUUGGUUCUGGGGAAGGCUGUGCAGGAAGGCUGGAGGUUUUCCACAAUGGAUCGUGGGGGACAGUGAGUGAUGAAUUGUGGGAUAUUGAUGAUGCGCAGGUGGUCUGCAGACAGCUGCAGUGUGGAGUGGCCCUCAGUGCUCCAGUACCAGCCCGGUUUGGAUCUGGAACUGGACCCAUAUGGCUGAAUGAGGUGGAGUGUGAGGGGAACGAGGCGUCUCUGUGGAACUGCAGAUAUCAGCUGUGUGGAGAGGAUGAAUGUGGACACAAGGAUGAUGUAGGAGUCGUCUGCUCAGAGUAUAAAGAGAUUCGCCUGACUGAGGGCUGUGAGGGGAAUCUGGAGGUGUUCUAUAAUGGAACCUGGGGGAAUGUGUGUGUAAAUGGGAUGACGGAUGAAACAGUGAAUCUGAUCUGUCGAGAGCUGAACUGUGGAAGAUCUGGGAGUGAGAGAGCUACCAAGGCAAGAGUGGAAUCAGCUCCUAACUGGCUGGAUGAUGUGAAAUGUAGGAAACAUGACUCCACUCUGUGGCACUGUCCAUCUUCUCUUUGGGAUAAAAACGAAUGUGACAAAAAUAAUGAGGUGUCUCGGAUUACCUGCUCAGCAUCCCAAAACCAGCCUCAGAGUCAAAGAAUAUGCUCUUCAUCUCGCUACCAAAAAUUCUGUUCAGAUCACCUGCCUCUUAGACUGAAGGGAGGAGCGGGAAGCUGCUCUGGAUGGCUGGAGGUGUAUUAUAAUAAAACACCAGGGUCUGUAUGUGGUGAUCUGUGGGACAUCAGGCAUGCUCAGGUGGUCUGCAGGCAGCUGGGUUGUGGGCCGGCGCUGAGUGCUAAUACAAGUGCUGCUGAUGGUUCUGGUGGAGGAACUAUCUGGAUGAACAGAGUGAAGUGUAGAGGGAAUGAGAUUCACCUGUGGGACUGUCCUCAUUCCCUGAAGAACCACACUGACUGUUCCCACAGUGCUGGAGUCACCUGUGCAGACACACCCGUGCCUACAACUACAACACCCAUAGCAACAACCACCACCUCCACCACCACAGUUAUUCAGACAGUGAAGAGAACAGACCCUCCUCCACAAACUCCUCCACCAGCUGUUCCCUCCAUCUAUCCAGUGUCUCUCCUGGUUCUGGGAUCUGUGCUCUUCCUGGCCUUAGUGCUUCUGGUUGUGCUGUUUUAUCAGAACAGAGUGCUCAGGAGAGUGAUCUCUAAGAGGAGGAGGAAGACUCUGCCUGAGGACAUCUAUGAGGAGAUCGACCCCAGAUACGUCACCACCAGAAAUUAUUCAACUCAGCGGAGAAGAAUGCUCUCUGAAGGUCAACAAUCAGGAUAUGAGGAUGUGGAUGAGGAGCUUCUCUCAGGAAGUAUCCUCUCUGAAGAUCAGCAUUCAGGAUAUGAGGAUGUGGAUGAGGAGCUUCUCUCAGAAAAGUCUUUGAUUGGAGUAAAGACAGAAUAUUAUGAUGAUGUCAUCAUCAGUGAUCUGAUAAGUGAAGCAGAAAAGGAGGAUACAGCAGAGAGCUAUGAUGAUGUCAUCACAGGUGAUGCAGAAAAAGAGGAGUUAGCCGAGAGCUAUGAUGAUGUCAUCACUGCUGAGCAGAUCCCUGAUAGUGAAGCAGAUGAUGCCGCAGAGAAUUAUGAUGAUGUCAUCAGUGUUGAUCAGAAGUCAGCUGAUGUAACAGAAGACGUGUCAGAUAACUAUGAUGAUGCUGUUCCCACUGAACCAAACUCCACCAUUAUGACCAGGGAAACACCAGUGGACUAUGAUGAUGUCAUUACUGCUGAACAGGACGUGGGAGGAGUUAAAGAUUAUGAAGACGUGAAGGAGGAGCCUCAGACAGAGAUUAAUCAUGUGACUGAGAGACCACACCCACUGUCCUUCCUCAGGAAAUUACAUUCAAACCUCUUCAGACACAACAAAUGAUCUGUUAUAGAUCAAAGUUCAUACAUGCAAAAAUAUUUAGUUUAUUCAAGCUUUUAAAAUGUGUUUAUUUUUAUGUUUUUAUCUUUAUGAAAACUUUUGUUGCCUUAAAAGCUGCAAAAUGAAUCAUAGUUUAAAACUCUGAUAGUGUUUUUUGUGUUUAUAAUGGUAAAGUAGAGAAAUAUGUUUUGGUAAGAAAUUAAUUAGUUUAAGAGGAUCCUCUGUUGAUCCUCUGUUGGUGAGAGAUAACUUUUUGAUCAGUGUUGAUUUUUUAAAUCAGCAGCUUUUUGUGUUUUUUUUUUAUCAAACACUCAAAUACAAACUGAAGGAUUGAUUGGUGAUUAUCAUGUACUUAAUAUUCUAAUUAUUUAAUUAACUAAUCAUAAAAAUAAGUGCCUGUUGAUUUUAUUUGCAUAUUUGUUUAUAGUGAUAAAAUAAACUAAAAAUAAAAGUCUUGCUUUCAAGACUUAUCAAUGCAAUCCUAAAAGAAUAUGGUACAGUUAUGUAAAGGUUCUGUGACAUAUACUUGACAGUGACUUGAACUUCAGUGAAAAGUGUUUAUUUUAAGGAUUGUACUUUUUUUUAAUAUAUAUAUAUAAUGCUAUUUUCCAAU